AUGUCUUCAAUUUUCUACUUAUUCUUCUUGAUUGCCCUUGGAUCAUGUGUCAAUUUUGAAGAAAUUCAAAAAGUAGUUGCUGCAAAAUGGAUUAAUUCAAUCAGAUAUCCUUCUGUGUUCAAUAUUUUAGAAAGUUUUGAACCAUUCGCAAAAAUUAGCAAAUGUGGAAUAUUGAUGACUCCAGGUAAGAAGUUUUAUGGAAUACAUUUAAUAAUCAAUGAUUUUCAGCUGAUUACAAGAAAACAUUGAUUGUUCAAAAUUUGGAUGUUAUCACGCAUAAUAUUGUGAUUGAAACUGAGAGUUCGUUUGUUGUCAAUUAUCAAUUUUCAAGUCGCAAUCCAAUUCAAAACCAAAAUCUUCAAAUGUUCGGCUAUCUUAGAUUCAUCAGAAAUCCCGUGACUCAACAAUUCAACAUCAACUUCAUUGAAGACCAAUGCUAUCGUCCAAAUACAAAAUUUAACAUUGUUAAUUUGAUCAGAAAGUAAUAAUGCAAACUUAAUUUACAUCGAAAACAAGUUGUGCUUUUAAUAAAAUACUUUUUUUUAAUUUUUGAAUUUAAUAGUGGGACGAAACCUUCAACUUUGGAAUUGAAACAUUGUGAGGUUUUGAACCAUUGACAUCAUAUCCGGGAAAUCUCUCUUUUUCAAUCAAAUCAACAUUGAACUUUUUGAGUCUGGAAAAAUAAACAAAAACUAUUGAUCCUGUCAGAUUCUUUCAACACACAAACACUUUAUCCCGAACACUUAAAAAGUUUUUAUAACUGGGGCCAGCACAUCAAAAACAAAUCUGAAUUUUGGAAAACUGUCACAAUACCAUAAAUUUUGACUUGUGUUCGAUAAUUUGUUAUUCUGCGGAAUAUUCUUGAAGUAUAAUUCCGAACAAGCAAUUAUAUGUGGUGAAUUCAUGAAAAAUAUUUAUCUGUGAACAACCAACUUUCAUUUUCAGAAAAUAUAAAAAUCUAUAAAAGUUUUUGAAAUAGUGAAAUUGUAAACCAUUAGACAUACAAAUAAUUUUUUCAUGGAUAAUAAAAAAAAAUCUGUGAUUUUUUAUAUUUUCACAAAUGUUCCCUAAAUAUUCAAAUGGUUUUGUUCAUCACAUUUGUAUACAAUGUAACCAUUGUAAUUUGUUUAUUCUACAAGUAUCUUCAAUGUAUUGUUUUUUCCCACAAAAAUAAUAAAAGUUUUUUGAAUCGAUUUUUCUAUUUUUCUUCAUGAGAUAUUUGUUUCAAGAGAAAAAUAAAAGAAUAACAAAAACAAAUUUUGUUCGUUUAAAUAUUGAUGAUGAUACAACCCACAUGUGAUAUCUUCAACACUUUCAAUCUUAUAAGAUACGGAAACAAACAAUGAUCUCAAUCAUUUUGAACAACUCCAGCUUGUUCCUCUUUUCAUUACUUUUUCCUUCAAUUCUUUUUUUGUCUUUUUAUUAUCUCUCAAAUAAACCGCGCUUCAGACCACUUAUGUAAUCUAAAAUCAAACAACUUUUUUGUGCUGUUUCUGUUUCUGUUACUACUUCCACUACUCGCGUUCUGCCCUUUUAACUUUUUUCUCUUAACUUUUUUUAACAUCACACUUUACCUGCUAUAUUGACACAAAAACUGCGUUUUUUUGCUUCAGUUUUUUUUAGUUUCAACCCAGCGAUGUGUUCAUCCGCCCUUUUUGUUAGUCACUGACUUUCUUUUUGUUAUUUUCUCAAAUUUAUAAUUAAUUAUAACUAUUAUUGUUUUUCCAGCGUUCGAAAGGUCGCCCAGAUUCAUUUUCUACGUCAAAUUCAAAUAUUCGUCAAAGAGUUGUAAGUUUUCGGGGGGAUUUCGAAAUUAUUCAAAAUGUGUGAACCAUUUUAUUCACCAAUAAAAAUUAAAAAUUGUAUGGAAACUUAAAUUUUUCGAAAAAUAAUCUUAUUAGAUCAUUAAUUAAAUUGUCACAUGUCUAAAAAAUUUGUACUAUUUUUUUCUAAUUCAUUGAUUUUUCAAUUUUCUUUCUCUCCCCGUUUUUUUUCGAAAAACAAUUCUCGAAUUUCGUGAUGAUUAUCGACCAAAAAGCUCAAACACAUUGUGUAACAGCCGCCUUCAUUUUCUUUUUUGCUUUUCCAUUUCAAUUUUUGUGUAGAAAGAAAGAGUUUUUUCAUUUUACCUGGUGAAAAAAACGAACAAAUUUUUGAGAAGGAACAAAAUGAUAUGAUAGGAAGAAAAUAUGAUUGAUUACAACUUCGGAGAACUAAAAAGACAACACGUGAGAUCUUUUUUUGUUUCAAAAAAAAUGAACAGACCAAUAUUAGGAAUUUCCACAAUUUCGGGGGAUUCUUGAUAACACUUGACUUGUUUUUUCUCCUCAAAGUACUUAUGUUUUUUUUUCGGAAUCAUACUUACUCACUUACAAAAUAAACAAAACACGACGUGUUGUUUUUUCAGUAAUCUAAAAAUAAGUCAAUAUGCCAACUAAUUUGAUAAGAGGUUUAUGUUUUCUCUAGAGGUGGGGAAAAUGAAAGUUUUGUCAACACUUCAAUAUUGUGUUUGAGGAGAAGAAGAGGCGAAUUGGAAUAGUUUUUCAGAAAAAAAGAGAGCUUAAAGGUUUGACACAUUUCCUAAAGUGAAAAAAAAUAAAGAUUGUAUUGAGUUGAUAAUAAAUAAUAUAAUUUGAAUUUUGCACCAAAAUAAGAAAUUGAACAAAAAUCUCAAUUUUUAUUCAAUAAUCAAGAUUACAAUUAGACAAACCCUUAAUUUUCUGUUAAAAAAACCUUCUUGUUUUCUGGGUAAAAUACAUGUUUUGAAGUUAUACUGUAAAUAAAUCACCAGAUUUCAAAUUUGAUCCUCAGAAAAUGCUCUAUUCGCCAAGUAUUACAGUGCCCGAUGAAUAAUUUUCCGUUCAUUUCCGUGAUAAUAUCCAGUUUCUCAGCGCCCCUUCUUGUGAGCACAAUAACUUAAUCCUCGUUUACCGUAUCAAAUUUUAUUGACAUACAUUUGGUUGAACAUAAAAAGUAGAUGAGCUCACUACCGAAAACAAAUAAAAACCCAUCUAUUUUUUUCAAUGUUGUACGUAAAUGUCAAAAAUCCUCCCGAACAAAUUAAACAGAGCGAAUAAAACGAUCUUCAAUUUUUGGUUUUAUUUCUUCGCAACAAAAUUGAUGGAACAAAAUAAUAAUCAGAGUAAAGUAGUUAUCAAUAGUUCCUGCUCACAUUUUUUUUGCUUACUUGCUCUUCUUCAUUUCAAUUACAUCACCCACACGAUUGAUUUUUCUUUUUCUUUUUUUUCUGUCACGUAGAAUAUCACAAUUUACACAAUUUUUAUGUUUUUUUCAUGAAAUCUCUCUUUUUCGCCUACCCGCCUGGGUUUUGAAAUUUGAUCUGGUUCACACACGCAAAAAAGUUUCAUGCUGUAUUUGUUUAGUUUUGGGAGAAAAAAAUUGAAUUAAGAGACGUUAUUUGUAAAAACUCAAAAAUUCUCGAAAUACGAAGAACAAAAAAAAAGUGAUGAUCUUCGAUUUGGGUCUAUUUUUGGUAAAAUGAUGCCCCACGCCUAUAGAGUUGGAAAAUAAAGUGAAAUGGCGCAAAAAAAUUUUUUGAGGUCGGGGGGAUUUUUUUGAAAAAAAUUUGGCCGAUCCGUAAAAUGGUUCAAAAUUCAUAUUUUUCGACGUUCAAAAAAGCAUUCUGCUCGUAAUUCAAUGAUCUUUCCAGUGGUAAAACGAUCCAUAAUUCAUUCUUUAAUCUGGAAUAAUUAUAUUUUUAAAAAUUGAAAAAAUGAUGAAAUUUCGGUUAAAAUCAUCAUUUUCGACCCUAGGGAGUCAAAAGCGCACUUUUUAACUGCGUGCAAUCGCUUCCUUUCGCAAUUUUAGCCCCGGGGGCGUAUGUUAAAAAUUAAACGCGGAACCUUGACCUCAUCCAGAUCGGUGAAAAGCGCCCACUAAAACAUUUGUAGGUGCAUGUUGUGAAGAGAUCACUUGAAACGCUUGAAUUUGCUGAUCUAAGAGUCACAGGUUCAAUUCCCGGUGGCGGCUUUUUUUAAAAAGUGGUUUUUUGUUCGAAAACCCAUUCAGAUAGAUACAAAUGUCAUGUCCUAAAGACAAUAUACUAAAGGAUACAAGAGAAUAAUACAGUGCAUUUUAUAAUAAUAGAUUUGCCUUCUAUAUUGAUAACAUUGUCUAAACCAUCAGUUAUUGAAGCAAACUGAGUCAAAAAUUGACACGUACGCACAAAAUCAGGCAGGUAAACUCAUUUUCCUAUAAAAUAACCAAAUAUAAAAACAUAUCUGGCCGAUGUUCAAAAAUUAAAAAAAAUUAGUGUUUCAAAAUGAGAGAUUCACCUUUUUUGUAAUGAAAGAAGAUGAUCAAAUAUCGAUAAAUAAUGGAAAACAACACAUUUUUGUACUGGCAUGAUGAUCUUAAUGGUAAAUCUUCAAAUCGUGAAAAUUCAAAUGUCUAUGUCGGAAAUUAAAGCAAAUGAUGCCCUGUUAACUUCAAAUGUAUUUUUGCGUACAUUCUUUAUUUCGCAAACAAAAAUCGUGAUCCUAUUGAACACCAAAUUUUUUGUAAUUUUUGAACAUCGGUCAGAUAUCUUUCUAUAUUUGGUUAUUUCAUAUGAAAAUGAGUUUACCUGCCUGAUUUUGUGCGUACGUGUCAAUUUUUGACUCAGUUUGCUUCAAUAACUGAUGGUUCAGACAAUGUUAUCAAUAUAGAAGGCAAAUCUAUUAUUAUAAAAUGCACUGUAUUAUUCUCUUGUAUCCUUUAGUAUAUUGUCUUUAGGACAUGACAUUUGUAUCUAUCUGAAUGGGUUUUCGAACAAGAAACCACUUUUUAAAAAAAACCGCCACAGGGAAUUGAACCUGUGACUCUUAGAUUAGCAAAUUCAAGCGUUUCAAGUGAUCUCUUCACAACAUGCACCUACAAAUGUUUUAGUGGGCGCUUUUCACCGAUCUGGAUGAAGUCAAGGUUCCGCGUUUAAUUUUUAAACAUACGCCCCCGGGGCUAAAAUUGCGAAAGGAAGCGAUUGCACGCAGUUAAAAAGUGCGCUUUUGACUCCUAAGGUCGAAAAUGAUGAUUUUAACCAAAAAUUUAUCAUUUUUUCAAUUUUUGAAAAUAUAAUUAUUUCAAAUUAGAGAAUGAAUUAUGGAUCGUUUUACCACUGGAAAGAUCAUUGAAUUACGAGCAGAAUGCUUUUUUGAACGUCGAAAAAUAUGAAUUUUGAACCAUUUUACGGAUCGGCCAAAUUUUUUUCAAAAAAAUCCCCCGACCUCAAAAAAUUUUUUUGCGCCAUUUCACUUUAUUUUCCAACUCUAUAGGCUUGGGGCAUCAUUUUACCAAAAAUAGACCCAAAUCGAAGAUCAUCACUUUUUUUGUUCUUCGUAUUUCGAGAAAUUACAAAUAACGUCUCUUAAAAGUUUCAUGAAAUAAUAUUUCAAAAUGUUUUUUUUUUGAAAAGUACAUUUCCAUAAACAAUGUACUUGAGAUUGAAAUUUUCCGCGUUUCGAUUUCUUUUUCAUUUUACCUGAUCAUUCAUUGAUAAGGUACUGUAUGUAUGAUAAUCGAAUUCAACAAAGGCAACAUUUAUUUAUUAGAUUGCACUUUUUGUUUCAACAAAUGAAAUAUUACCCUUGUUUUUUGUUGCUUCUUUUUCUUUUUCGUAUUUUCCUGUCCAUUUUUUCUUUCUGUUUCCAUAGAAAUUCAUUUAUUCUGUUAUUUAUUAUUGUUCAAAAAACUAUUUUCUUUUUUCCCAUUUUCUCCUCCUUCAUUCUGGGAAAAGAUCUAAAAAAAUUAUAUAAGUUUUUUGCAACACAAAAUGUUUACUCUCGCAACGUUUACCCAGAACAUAAAAAAACGCCGAUUUGGUUUUUUUUACAUGAGAAAUGUGAACACUGGUGAAAUUGCGAAAUUUUUUUCAUUCUCAUUCUCAUUUCGAAAAGGUAUGUGUCAUUGAUUUUUCAGUUUUUCUCUGUCAUUUUGUUUGUUGAUGAGUUUUUUCGAGAUUCUCUUUAUUUCUCGCAUUUUAGUUGAGACAGAUGUGAGAUUUUAUUGAUUUAUAGAGAACAUUUGAAAUGGGAAAGUUUAUUUAUUUUCAUUGGAAUUUCUUUGUUUUGAAGCUUCUGAUGGAAGUGCUUUCGAAAUAAAAUAUUUGUAGGUCCCGAAUAAAAUCUAAAAGAUUUCCUUUCCCAUGAUUUAUCUGAAAGUUUAAACGUUUUAAGUUAAAAUCUAGAGUACCCUGAAUCACUGAGGUUUGAACUCAUCAUUUUUGUUUGAAGAAGCUUUUCGGUGUUUUGUUUAUUUGUUCACUCCACACAUUUUUUGUUCGAAAUCACUCUAACAGAAGAUUAUCAGUUGUUCCACAUUCACUUUUCACUAUCACAAAUAUACAGAGAAAAAUGAAAUUUUAUCACGUAUUUUAUGGCAUGUAAAUUAGUCCCCUCUGCGCGCGCGAAAUAUCUCACAUUUCAUUUCGUUUUGAACAACGAAAAUAGAAACACGAUAAAAUAUAAACACAUAAACAAUCAAUCACCUGACCAUUACAAAACUACAGUAUCUAUCUCGCUCCCCUCACUUGCGCACAUCAAUUUUCAAUUUCAUUGAAAAUAAAUAUUAUGAUAUGCUUAUCAUUUCGAAAUCUUUCUUCUUCUUCUUCUUUUACUUGUUUUGGGUUGCCACCUGUGAGAGGCGGCAAAAGGUGGUGACAAGAAAAAAUGAAUGAAAUAAAUUCACUCCUAUCUUCUCUUUUUUCUCGCAAUUAUUUUUCAGAUUUUUUUCGGCCUGACCUUCAGAAGCUAAUUCAAGGCCACCCGAAAUUCUCUCGCUCGAUGAACAAAGUUUUUUUUGUUGUUGGGUUGUUGUUUUAUGUUGUGUUAUUUUUUUUUGUUGAUUCAGGGCCGUUCCGUUUUUGUGUAGGUGGAGAUAGAAGUGUUUUUGUCUUUUGAUCCGAAAAAAAAGGAAUCAUAAAAUUGUCAUAAAUAUUCAUUUUUAAUUCGCAAUAAACUGUGAGAAUGCACUUUUUGAUUGAUAUAUAAGAAUCUGAAGAAAAAAUGAUCUGACCUUUGACAAAUUCAUUUUAUUUUCAAAAACGCUAGAUAGAUUGAACGUCUUGUGCCUUUGUCAAGUUUUUUGUAACAGCUGUCAAAAGAAAUUCCUUUCGAUUUUUCGAAAAAAAAAUGAAUCCUCAAUCUUAUCAGAAGAAAACUUUUCGCUUGUGUUCAAAUUUAAUUUGAUAAAACAAAAAAAUGUUGCCAAAAACGUUUUAUAGAUUCCACGCCCAGCUAGUUUUUUUUUAGAAAUUUGCACAAUAAAAUUUUUAACUUUUUGCUCUUAUCAGCAAACUCAUUAAGAGUUCUUUUGUGCUGCAUUUUUUGACAGUUUCCAAAUUUUUUAGUGUUUGAAUCAUCAUUUCCGGAUAUUGAUUUUGACUUCGACAUAGUUUGAAUUCGGAAUCCGGGGGGCACAAAAAAUCAACCAUUCGAGAACAAAUUAUGCAACAAACAUGCCACAUCCCGCGGCCAAAAAAAAUUGUUUUGUAAUUCAAUUAUGUGUGGAAAAAUCAAUGAUCGAAAAAAACGUUUCGAAAAAUUUCCACAACAAAACAACAAUGUCCUUUUUAACCGAUAGAAAAAGUGCAACUGCCUUUCGCUAACCAAAAACAACGUUGUUUUUCUGUUUUUUCAACGACACUCACACACAAAAUGUGAAUCUUUUCACGUGGUGUUUCUCUUUUUCUCUCUCCAAUUUCCCUUUAGUCUCUCUCUCUCAGCCUCAUUCAUUUUUGCUAUUGAGCUAACCCCAGAACCUUCUAUUUCUUCUUCUUCUUCUUUUUUCUCUUCAUCUUUUUCUCUUUUCUCAAUAUUCUGCCGUGUGCCCCCCUCCCUCCCCAACAGCAUUUUUCGCGCCAAAAAAGACGUUCACUUCUUUUUUCGCUGUUUUCUCUUUUUUUUCUCUAUAUGUCUUUUUUAGCCCCAUACAUACAUACAUAAAUAUGUUUGUUGGGGCACUGCGCAAGAAAGAAAGAGAAAAAAGUUGUUGUGUUUUUUUUGUUGAGUAAGUGAGGGAAUACUGUAGGUCGCGGGUCCACCUGGGGUAUGCAGAUGGUCGAGCAAAAUAACCAGAUGUGCCUAAAUUUUGAGGAAAAAAAAAAAUUGAAAAUAUUUUUUUUGAUAGAUGCAGGUGCAUACGAGUAUUUAAGGAAAGUUCACGGUCAUCAAAUUCAUUUUCUUUUCGAAUUUUCUUUUGAGAGAGGAGAUACUGUAGGCACCCUAGAACAUCCAAUUUCUGAUUCUCUAAGAGAACUUAGAAGGUUCUUAUUUUCCUAAUUCUAUCAUGCCUAGAAACCGGAGUCAGGAUUCUUGGCAUUCGGAAUAACUUAGAAAUAGUUCAUUAAUUUUCCAAGCAUACAAUCCAGGGUUUCUUCUCACAUUCCCUCCGAUUCUCAAUUUUAUAACAGUUUGAUUUCAGGGCUUCAAACACUUCAUACUUUUUUUUGAAAUUGAAAGGUCAAAAACCUGAAAUUUGAAACUCCUCUACCCAAUCUCAAAAAAUGUUCCAUAUUGAACACUUCCUUUCGAGCCAAGCCAAGCCAAUUUCAAUAUUAUUUUGUCUUUCUCUUUUUAUUUCAUCAUCCUGCUGUGUAAUCGAUAUAUAUAUAUGUACAGCUUCUUCUCUCAAAAAUUUCUCUGUUUUUCCCAGAGUUUUUCAGUCUGCACAAUAACAAAACAACACAACAAAAAAUAAAUGGGUGAUUAAAGAAAACCUGACAAAUAUUUGUUGUGUUCCUUCCUUACCUUUUCAUUUUUUGCUGAUUUCACUCGUAAAAGAAACUUUUUUUGCCCACCUUCGUUUUUUUUUCUUUCCCGCUGGGGAACAUAGUCAAAACCCACUUGAAGCUCCGCCCAUUUUUUCUUGUUUCUCUCUCGUCGCCUGUCGUGUUGCGGUCAGCGCGAUGAUUUUUUUGUUUCGCUCUGGGCCUAAAAUAUUUUAGGUAACUCUACAACUUUUGAUUAAUUGCGUUUUUUUUCCAGCUGAUUUACGUUUUUGUGAAUCCGCCCAGUGAAUCGCCGAAAUCCACGAAGUUGUGUUGA